AUGAUCAGAAGGUCUAGUGGUAUUGAAGUUGUCGGUUUCAUGGCCUCUCCAAAAAGACGCCAGUACUGGUGUCUGCCUUGUGUAGGUGACGAUAAACGGGCGGAUGCUCACAAGCAUCUGUCCGACGGUUCCGGAAUGACCCAGGAGUUCUCGGCAGACGAGACUUCGACAACAGUGAUGGGCGCAAAGUCUCUGACCUUCAAACUAGGAGAGGCCAUUGACUCAAUCACGCUUGAUGGACGAAAAGUGAAGGUGGUGUUUUCGGUUGACGGGGAAAAACUGGUUGAGAAGCAGUCCGAAGAUGGCUUCGAAUGUCAGCAUGUGCGACAGGGCUCUGGAGACACGCUCACAAUGAUCCUGACUGGAGGCGGCCAGACAUGUAUACGGACAUUUGUGAAAUCGUGA